UGAGGAAGAUUUCUGAUGCCCAUCUCUCUCCCCUCUCACUGAGAAUUUCAACUUCAUCCCAGGCAGCUGCUGAAUCGUUAAAGAGCAUAGCGCUCUGGCUUUCUCUUUGCAAAAACUAUGCAUCUCUAUUGCGGACUGGUACCUCUUAAUGGCAGCCACAUGCUUGCCAAAUAAAUAAAUAAGUGGAGGAAGGAAACUCAGAAUAUUUAUUUAGCCUCUUAUUAUUUCCAGAAUAUAAAAAAGAAAGCCAGAAAGAAAAGGGAGGGGAGAUUUCCUUGCCCUUGUUCUUCUACGCCGUUCCCAUGCUAAGAUGCUCUGUGGAAGGGAGCCGGGCGGUGGGCAGCGGCUGUGAGUCCCCGAUAACGAGCGCCUCACAUUUCCGUGGCAUUCCCAUUUGCUAGUGCGCUGCUGUGGCCGCACGCCUGAUUGAUAUAUGCCUCCAAUGGCACUUUUCCAUUUGACAUUCUCUCUCUCUCUCUCCCUCUCUCUCUCUCCCUCUCCCUCUCCCGCUCUCUCUCUCCCUGUGUCGCUUAAACAACAGUCCUAACUUUUGUGUGUUGCAAAUAUAAAAGGCAAGCCAUGUGACAGAGGGACAGAAGAACAAAAGCAUUUGGAAGUAACAGGACCUCUUUCUAGCUCUCAGAAAAGUCUGAGAAGAAAGGAGCCCUCCUUUCUCCCAAGCUGUGCAGCAGGUACUCUGGUGAUGGAUUGCGAGAGCAAAGAAUAAGACACAACUCCGGCCUUCAAAGGACAAUGACAACCAGAAAGCUUCAGCCAGAUCCUGCCCUUUCCUUGAAAGGAUCUGGAGCCUAGGUUAAAGCAUCUCCAAUUUUUUGUCCUCUGCCUCCCUCUGCUGUUCUUCUGGAGAAGUUUUUCCUUACAACAAUGAGAAAUCAUGUACUAGCUGCAUCUUUUUCUAUGCUGUCCCUGCUGGCAAUAAUGGGAGAUACAGACAGCAAAACGGACAGCUCGUUCAUGGUGGACUCAGAUCCUCGACGCUGCAUGAGGCACCACUAUGUGGAUUCUAUCAGUCACCCAUUGUACAAGUGUAGCUCCAAGAUGGUGCUCCUGGCCAGGUGCGAGGGGCACUGCAGCCAGGCGUCGCGUUCUGAGCCCUUGGUGUCCUUCAGCACUGUUCUCAAGCAACCCUUCCGUUCCUCCUGUCACUGCUGCCGGCCACAGACCUCCAAGCUGAAGGCAUUGCGGCUGCGCUGCUCAGGGGGCAUGCGACUCACUGCCACCUACCGGUACAUCCUGUCCUGUCACUGCGAGGAAUGCAGCUCCUGAGGCUUGCUGCUGGAUGGGACCACUGCAGAGGCAGUCCAACCAGCCAGGAAGGACUGGCAAGAAAAGAGUUAAGGAAAACAAACACAAAGAGAUGCAGCGAUUCCCACAAGAUUCUGCAUAGUCUAGGCGUAAAGACUCCACAUGGUUCUUGACAGAGAGAGCUACUCUGGGAACUUGUUUUCAGUUCCCAUCUCCUUUCCCUGGUACAAUUUCUUUUGGUUCCUUCUCGGAUUCAGUUAUGUUUCCCUUUGGCUCUGAAUGCUGUUUUGGGUUUCCAGCCACUGUGCAGUAGUGGGAAAAUGUGGGCCCCCAUGCAAGAGUAUGUCAGGCUGUCACUGUUUGGUGCAUAUCAGGGAAGAAUUUGCUUUGGAAAGCAGGACAUCUCAAGUCUUUCUGGAAUAUCUUCUGCUUUUUUUUUUUUUAAUCUUGUUAUUUUGGUCUAAGGUUGCUAUUGCCGCUAUAGGUUACCGAUUUCAAAUUACAGAUGCAAAGCAUAUGGAUAUGUUUAGCCAGGUUUACUCAUAGACAGCAAAUUGACAUUAAAAUAACUAACAAAUGAUUCUCUUAGGUAAAGCUGGAACUCUUGAUAGUUGUAAUUAUUAUUCAGAAAUGACUUUUUGGGAAGCAAAGGUGACAUAAAGAAUUUGUCACCCGAAGGCUCUUGCAAAUAAAUUAUGGUAGACGUUUGUAAGGGAGCAGACUUUUAAAGACUUGCACAAAUACGGAUCCUGCACUGACUAUGGAAAAGGCAUAUACGUUCUAGUGGCAUGGAGAAUGCACCAUACUCCUGCAUGCAAAUUAGACAACCCAGUAUGAAUUUAUUUGUGGGUGUGCUAUAGCUUUAGCCAUGUCUUGGGCAUCAUUCUCUAACAUCCACUUGUCCAUGUGAAGCUUGUUGCCAAAAUGGCAGCCUGGCUCAUCUUCUGAACAUUUGAUUCAAAUAUAUUGUGGUCCUUGAAGCUCAAAUUUUGAGUUAUUUCCAUGUUUUAAAAUAAAAAGAAAGUAUCUUCAAA